AUGGUUUUUCAGUGUACAUCAUUCAGUUCAGAGAACCUGCUGCAGGAGAAGGUUGCUGGAACUCCGGGCACAAUCGUAGCUGGUGUGAUUAAUCAAUGGGCUCGCAACUUCAGAUUGGCGCUGCCGUCAAAGCCAACGGUGUGUCUUGCUAUUCCGGCAGCUCAUGCAUUUCUGCUAGCGCAACGAGCAGGGCUUAGUUAUGGAGUUCCAGUGCCUAGGACCGGUUCCGGGAAGAAUCGUGCUGCUCUCGGGUUAGCACAUUUAUCAGACUUGAUUAAGCAGGCAAUCAAGGCUUCUGACCAGGACCAGGAAGGCCUGCUCGAGGAGCGCAUGGCGGAAUCCCGGACUGACAACUUGCUCCAGCCGAACGUUCUGCAAGAUAUCGCCGACUUCAUUCGUAGAGCUGCACAGUCGCUUCCGGACAUGAAAGCCGAAGCUGUUGCACACAUCAGUGUACUGCAGUCCACUGUAGAUCAGAUGGUUCAAGAUGCACAAGCUUCCUCACAAAAGGCUUUUGCUUUGAAGCACAUGGUGCAUGCUUUGAUCGUCAGUGGCUAUGUGCACAGCUCAGCAGACAUGCUGCCAAUGUUGCGUGCCGCUUUGCGGACCAUUGUUCGAGUGCCUGAACUCGUGAAAGCUUUGGAUUCAGAUUUGUGCCAGCCCCACAAAGUGCCUUCGUCUUCGACCUUGUAUCGUCACAGGCUCACUGUUCACAUAGGCCUCUGUCGCUGGGUUCAAGACCGUGAAGUCUUUGAAGUGUAUAUGGAUAAGCAAGGCUUUUGCAGAUGGGCCACCUUGGAUUCCAGUCCUCAAGGGGCCUGGGAUUGGAUGCUUUCAGGCUCCACGGCUGUGGGCCUCUCCAAGCUCCGAGUUUGCUUUGAGAAGGCAAAUGAGUUGAUCCGCUUGGGCAAUCAGACAUGCUCAGACCAAGAGGCUACUGAGACAAAUGUAUGUCAGCAGCAUCUGGCAGCCACCAAGGAACUUGCACAAUAUCUGUGCAUGCAUCAGCUGACACCCACAGCAUUGGGAUCAGGACGAUCAUCGCUAGUGCACAAAGUCCAUGCCGUUGCGCACAGCACCCGCCUUUCUGCGGCCGAUUGGCGCUACACAUGCCGCAUAAUGAAUGCGACCUUCAGUUGGACAGGGGAUCUCGGAGUCGAAUCUGGCAUGCCUGGAUUCAAGGGCAACGUCUGUCGGCUUUUCGGAGAUUGGGCAUUGCAGGAAGCAUUCCCUGAAGAUUACGAAUCUGCAACUGCAAACGAGCGGGAGCAGGCGUCUCUCCGAGGUGCUUGGUCCAGAGCAAAAUUCGCUUUCAAUGCACAGGGUGCACGGGAAGGACGUGAUGCAAGUGGGGGCAGCAAGAAACUUGAUCUUGAUGUGGUAGAUGAAGCAAUCCAGAGCAGGAGAUUUUGGGCUUAUCUGCAUAUGAUCAAACAUAUCGGGGAGACCAUUGACCACAUCAUGUUUUGGUGCGAGUCGUGCCCUUGUCAUGGUCACAACACGGCUUUGCAAGGCAAGAGCAAACACCGUCUGCCAGGUUUGCACUCUCGCAUUGGCAUGGCCAGCUGUCCAUUGCAGGCACGCCGAGCUCCAGAGUGUGCAGCAGGCAGGCUACUGGAGAUUGCACGAGAGGGUUUCCAAGCAAGCCAGCGUGAAGUCUUGCUGUCUCCGAGCUUAGCAUCCGGUUCUGAAGCAGACCAGACUGCCGUGAUCAAUGAUUUCAAUCAUGCUCGACGUUACAGCAUGCUUGUGUGCACGCUCAAGUUCUCGCAUUGGGAACAGCUCCCCUGGUUGUUGUUGGGAAUAGCCCAUCACGAUACUCAAACCGCUCGUAGUUGUGCUGCCCGCGCACUGCAGCUGCAGGAUGCUGCACCGUGCGAGCAUGAGCUCGCAAGGCUGCUGUGCAGUGCAGGAUCGCAAGGCCGUGCGGAGAUGACAGCUUUUGUGAGAGGUGAGCCGCUGUCCAACCUUGCUCUGUUGAAGACCCAUGCUUCGAAGUUCAAAUUCGUUCCAAUCUCUGAGCGCUGGGUGGAAAGUCGUCAUGCGUUGAUAAAGCGGCACUUGCGGAAGUGCACUCAUGCAUCUGCGUUGCAUGUGGCUUUCAUGAGCUGUCAAUCCCUCCUGCGUGAUAUCUUCCAAAACAUGCCGCAUGAAUUUGAGCGGCUUGUGCUACUGUGUGAACUGACCAAGAAUCCUCUGCUGGCAUUACAGUCCGUGAAAUUGCAUUGGCAUCCCCAAGUUCAGCGAGUCUUGCAGACCAGCCAGAAGGAGUUGGCUCGAUCUUAUCGUCCAUGGGUGAUUGAGUUGCUGUACCAUGUAGAUAAAGCAACCUUGUUUCAGGACCUUCCAGCUGAUGGUGGCUUCGUUCCGGAUGACAAUGAUGGCGGGGACCCGCCUGGACCGUCAAAGAAAGUUGACCCUGAGAAUGUGGGCAGCGCAUCAAACAUAGCCCGCAGCUCUCCGACCACGCCGGGCACCGCGGGUGGUGGCCUGCAGUUGUCUACGCAAGUGCAGGGACAGACUGAAGCCAUGAAUCCCUGCAAGCUCGUCCCGGGCUCGGCCGUUUGCAGACUUUGCCAUGACCUCGCGUGGAGGAGCCUUGCACGAUGCCUUGUGGUCGAAGUAUAUGCCAUAGCGCACUUGCGUGCCCACUUUGACAGCCAUGAUCAAGCGUGCCAGGUCAAGUGGGCUGUGAAGAUUGUGAAGAAGAGGCUCAGGCUCGUUGCUGGCAAUCUCUUCAUCCACAGCAGCCACAUCUUCAGGAGGUGGAUUGUCCUUGCGGCGGCGGCGAGCCACCUUUUGCUGGGCCUUGGCACGAACGGGCUUGUCGACCAGCAUGGAUACACGAGCCUGGUCAUCAUCCACUGCAAGAUAAGCAAAUCCCUCCGAGAUUGCGUUCUUUCGCUUGUUCGGCAAAGCUGGCUGGCCUGUCAUCAAAGCGACAUAGUGCGAGGAAGAUCGAUGGUCUCACUGCUGUCUUUCAACCACCAGUGCGCCUGCGAUGAAGACGCUGUGACUCUGCUCGGCUUCGCUGAGGCGGAGCCUGCCAUUGAAGUUAUCGACACUGACAGUGAUCAGAACUCGGGAGAUUCCGAGGUAUCCCUGGCUAGCAGCCAGGCCGCAACGGCAGUGCCGUUCGCGCCCAACGCGAACACUGUGGUCGUGUCCAGACCGCAGCGUCGCAAUCGCCAACGAGGCUGGCAGUUCCAGCCUGGGGAGGACCCCCAAAAUAACGAUUGGCGUAACCUCGGGUCAGCGACCGACAACAGGUACCCCGGCCUUCGUGCGUUAGUUACGCACGCUAGGAGAGUCUCUCCACAGUUGCACGUCACAGACGUGCAUGAAUGGCCCUAUUGGGCAGCCCCCAACUCAGAGGUACCCGGAGAGGCGAGGCGACCUCAUGUGUUGCAUGCCCUGCGCGCAGCAGGGCUGCAUCUCCCAGGGUAUGGCGAUUUGUGGGCGGCACUGCUCAGUGGGCAGGAGCCCCCACAAUCAUCACGAAUGCGACAACUGCUACCGCAGCAGUCGGGGUCAGCGACCCCGAAACCGCGGCGUCAGGGGCGGCCGCCGUUAGGCUUUGAGUGCAGCGCGUAG